AUUCAGAGCAGAGAGUGGGCGUGUUCGCGCCUGCGGGAGCGCGCAUGAUUAAAGGAAAGGGAGCGCGCCCGAGCCGCUCCAAACUGAAGUGCAAGACGGCGAGAGACGCGCGGAGCGAGAGCAUCUCUCUGAUGGGUGUUUUGGAGAUCCUCGGUCGAGCAUGACUUUGUCCAGCGCCCCGCCCGUCCGUAGAGGAAGCACUCCUGUUCCAUUCAAAUAUCAGCUCCGAAGAGAAGAAGCAGUCAAUGAUGACUGUGACUGGACACCAGGAAUCGGAGUAACUGAAGCAACGUCGCCUCCUCCAGUUAGCUUCAUCCCGGCUCAGGAUGAGGCAGCGGGUGCUGAUGUGGAGGAGAAACAGGGAGGCCCGUUCAGGAUCGCCCUGCUUGGCCAGAACGGAGUGGGGAAGACGUCACUCGCUAUCGCCCUUGCAGGGGAAAUGGACAGAACUGCAUCUGUGGACUCAGAUGGCGAGGGCUAUGUUCGCACCGUUACCGUGGAUGACGAGGAGAGCACCAUCUUUAUCUUUGAUAACUGGAGACAGGAUCUGUCCAUGCUGGUGUGUGAAGUAUGCGUGUUGGUGUUUUCGGUGACAGACCGGCGCAGCUUUCACCGCACGGCUCAGCUCCGCCUCCUUCUCAGGGAAAACCAACCUCAAACUCCCAUCAUCCUCGUGGGCAACAAGAGCGACUUGGUCCGCUCACGUGAGGUCAGCACAGAGGAGGCUCAAUCCAACGCUGCUCUCUAUGAGUCUCCCUACGUGGAGUUGUCUGCAUCUCUGGACCACGGCACCACAGAGCUUCUAGAGCUGGCUGUGCGGGCAGCACGAGGAGAAAACCUGGGUUCCUUAGGGGUCGUCGGAGCCGAGGGGGCGACGGGAGGUCGGCGCGAGAGCCUGAGCACAAGGGCAAAGCGAUUCCUGUCUAACCUUGUACCGCGCUAUCCUCGAGAAAAAGAACGCGACGGCGGAAAGUUCUUCAGGCAGAAAUCUCGCUCCUGUCACGAUCUUGGAGCUUUGUGAGUCAUAGAUUGCAUAGAGUUAUGAUAGAGAGGCUGAAAAACAAAGAGAGACAAAGGUAAAAAGAAGAGGGAGAGGAGUAAGAUUGACAGUGAAGGACCAGAACCUAGAAAGAAACGAGUUUUAGAGAGGUGUAUGAAAUAGUCAUGAGCAAGAAGAACGGAAAUGAGAAAGACAAGAAUAAAAAAAAAUACCAUAAUAAUAGCUAAGGCCAGGCGAUACAGUUAAAACUGUAGACCUUUGACUGACUGAACAAAUGUAGAUUGCAUGCUCCAUUCUAUUUAAAAAAAUCAAAUAGUAUAGGCAAUCCAGUUACUGUGAGUAUUUGUGGUAUCCUGCUAUAUUUGUGUAUCUUGAACUAAAGCAGAAUUUCGAUUCCAACUCCAGUACCUUGGGGAAAUCAGUUUUCUGUUCAAACAGUAGAAUUUCACAGAUCGCAAUCACGUAACUGACUGUGUCGCUGAAUUGUACAUGCGAGAACUUGAACAUUUACUUUCAUAAAUCCCCAAAGGUCCAUUCUCUAUUACUGAGAGGUGCAUUAAAAUAUUUCGAAAAAGUCAAAA